AUGGGCUCCAUCGGCGAACAAGAAUUCACCGUUCCGAAUCCCUUCCGGGCUCGCAUUCUAAACGGCCAAGUCACCCCAAUCGUGACAAUAAAGUACGCCUUGGGCAACGAAGUCGCCACGAUGGCUAAAAUGGCCGGCUUCCAUGGAGUCUUCAUCGACAUGGAACACUCAGCCUUUACUCUCCGCGAGGUCUCUCAACUCAUUUUGGCAUGCAACUACGUGGGCAUCUCACCCAUUAUGCGAUCUCCAUCCAAAUCGCAUUGGCACAUUAGUCGCAUUCUCGACGCUGGAGCUGCAGCGGUUGUGAUUCCUCAUAUUGAGUCUGUUCAAGAAGUUCGUGACAUUGUUCACCAUGCGAAGUAUGCGCCCAUCGGGGCUCGUGGGUGCACGAACAAUCAACCUGCGUUUAACUUUCAGCAUAUCCCCACGCUGAAGCAGAAUGAAGCAUUGAACUCACAGACAAUGCUUAUCCCUAUGAUUGAGACACCUGGUGCUGUGGAUUUGGCGGAGGAGAUCUUUGCGAUUGAAGGUGUUGAUGGGAUUUUGAUUGGCUCAAAUGACCUUACCACGGAUCUUGGUAUCCCUGGCAAAUAUGAUGAUCCUCUGUACUUGAACUCUGUUACAAAGAUCAUCAACGCGGGAAAGAAGUAUGGCAAGCCGAUUGGAGUUGGAGGUAUUGGAGGUCGUCUUGAUCUGCUGGAGCGAUGGUUCUCGCUGGGUGCUACCUGGUCAUUGAGUGGCCAGGAUGGAGCAAUCUUGCAGAAGGCGUUCAAGCAAAUCGUUCACAAUUAUGAUGAGAUCAAUGAGAGAGUGCAAAAGCAGAAGGUAUAG